AUGGUCAAGAUCAACUCCGUCGUCUCCCUCCUGGCGCUGGGCUCCGGCGCCCUCGCCUUCGGCCACCAGCCCAACCGCUAUCCUGUCGAGGAAUACGUGACCUGUUCCACCAAGCUCGGUCCUCAGGUCAACCGCCACGUCCAGACGCACUGGAACUACAAGACGAGGACCGUCACCUUCACCGAGAGGUACACGACGACGCCUCACCCGACCGUGACGCCGACCAAGACCAAGACCAAGACCAUCACCAGCGUCGUCCACACCGUCACCACGGAGCCUACCGUUACCGAUGUCGCCACCAUCACAUCCACAAUCAUGUCAUACAGCACCACCACGAACAUCGUCACCGAGAUAGACACCGAAACCGACACAACCACCGUGACCACAACCCCCACAACCACCAUCCCCGCCCCGGCCGACUUCACCCCCAUCGCCCAGGAGCCCGGCUUCGUCCCCCGCAUCAAGGGCCGCUCCGCCGCCGCCGCCGCCAACAGCCUCCUCGAGCGCGGCAACUCCCUCCAGUGCAAGGGCGGCCCCGGCGGCCCCGUCUUCUGGCCUCCCAUGCACCCCCAGUCCGUCACCUGCACAAAGUUCAUCGAGCCCAUCGUCGUCAAGCGCGUCACCUACACCGCUCGGGCUUGCACCCGGACCGCCCGUCCCAAGACCAAGACCGUCACCACGACGCUCAAGCAGACCCAGACGGAGACGGUCUUCCCUGCCGAUGUCACCAGCACGGUGAUGACCUCGACGACCAGCAUCGUUGUUACCGCCACUGAUUCCACCACCACCACAACCACCACCACAACUGCCACCGAAUCCGUCGUCGCCCCCCAGGAAACCUUCCAGGCCGUCUGCGGCCCCGAGAACCUCAUCUAUACCGCCAACGGCGGCAACGGCAUCGCCGGCGUCAGCACCCGCGCGCCCGGCAACUUCAUCCCCGUCAGCGGCACCCAAACCCCCUACGACUGCUGCACCGCCUGCUUCAGCACCGCCGCCUGCAGAGGCUCCUUGUUCUACGCCAGCGGCUCGUGCUACCUGGUCGUCGGCACCGACGGCGUUUGCCAUGCGAACCAGUUUGUCGGUAUAGACGCGUUCCAGACGCUGAACGGGGCUUCUACUGGAACGACGGUCAGCAAUGGGCCUUGCGGCAUGUUGGCCAACGGCGGGAGCGCCAACUACUGA